GUCCGGUUUAAGUUAACAGUGUAAAGGACAUUUAUCAGUUUUUAUGGUACAUCACAGUCGUGUGGUUAUCAGCGCGGCUCUGGGUUUAUCUGUUCUCUGGUUGUUACGGUCUGGAGGAAAUAUUUGACCUCAUAGAGGUUUAUUCUGGGUUUUAUGUCGACAGAGUGAGAACUUCACUGCAGUAAAAGAGUGAAGCGCGGACCUGCUGCUCUGUCGUAGGAGGAAGAGAACCACCGGCCUGUCAAGCAUCCCUCUGUGUUUUCUUCUACUGUGUCCUACCGUGUAUUCAUUUAAUGGAUUCAGACGUUUGAUAUCAAUCUCUGCAACAGUCUCCUCACACUGCAGAGGGGAGGGUGAUAGAGGGUGUUAUUUGCGUUAGCAACAUUUCAGAGUGGACAGCAGCACCAGCAGAGUGAAAGAGUGACAAGGGGAAGAAAAACAGCAGAUUUAGUGUGUUGAAAAAACUUAAGCAGUGUCCUGAAGAACUAUGGAGCUGUCACUGGCUCACCCAGCUAUCAAAGCCUUCAUGUGUGGCUCCCUCAGUGGGACCUGCUCCACGCUGCUUUUCCAGCCCCUUGACCUGAUCAAGACCCGUCUGCAGACGCUGCAGAGCGGCGUGCAGCCUGGUUCAGGCAGAGUGGGGAUGGUGACAGUGCUCCUGAGCGUGGUGCGGACAGAGAAGCUGCUGGGACUGUGGAAAGGAGUUUCACCGUCCUUUGUUCGGACCAUCCCAGGUGUGGGGAUCUACUUCAGCACCUACUACUCUCUGAAGCAGCAUUUCCUCCAGGAUGACAGGCCGGGGGCCAUGGGGGCCGCGCUGCUGGGAGCCGGGGCCCGGACAGUGGCGGGGGUUUUCAUGCUGCCGGUCACUGUCAUCAAGACACGCUUUGAAUGUGGCAGGUACAGUUAUAGGAGUGUGGUCGGGGCUCUGCGCAGCGUGUGCCAGACUGAGGGUCCUGCAGCUCUGUUCUCCGGCCUGAUGGCCACUCUCCUCAGAGACGUUCCCUUCUCUGGUAUCUACGUCAUGUUCUACAGCCAGGCCAAGGCCACGCUGCCAAAAGAAAUCAGCACGUCUCCCUCGGCCCCCCUGGCCAACUUCAGCUGUGGGAUCCUGGCGGGGGUGUUGGCCUCACUGAUCACUCAGCCUGCUGAUGUUGUCAAAACGCAUGUCCAGGUGAAUCCACAGCUGAGGACGGCAGAGGCUAUCAGAUACAUUUAUAUGGAACAUGGCCUCCAGGGCUUCUUCAGAGGGGCAGUUCCUCGGUCACUAAGGAGGACCAUGAUGGCUGCCAUGGCGUGGACAGUGUAUGAGCAGAUGAUGGCCCACAUCGGACUCAAGUCCUGAAGGGAAACGUUGAUGAGAAGCUUGUGAAAGAAAGAGAUUAAAGUCAAGUCACUGAAUGAAGACAGUAAUGUGUGAAGAGGAAGAUACUGCCACAGUGCAGCUGCUCAGAGGAGCGUCAGUGACUUCAGAUAUUUCAUCAUUAAGAUGCUGGUGAGCAAAGGAAGCACACACUGACAGGCACACUACAGUAAAGAUGUGGAGAGUUUGCUUGAUGAAAUGUUUUACUGGAUUAUGGCUGAAGUUCAGAAAUCCAACUUUUGGCCUUUGCUAUUUAACUUAAAUAAUACUGAUAUGCUGUAAUGUUCUGUAUUGCACUACAACUUUUAAUCCUAUUGAGACUUUCCUUGUUUUAGACACAUGGUUGGAAUUCCUUGUCUGUUUUUCUACAGUUAUGUGACGUAUGCCUGUGAUUUCAAAAAGACUUCUGUAAUGCACUUUAACUCUGUCAUGGCACAGGUUAAAACCUGGAAAGGCUCUGAAAUAUCUUUCUAAUAAUACAUUGUUAUUUAUAUUCUAGUAGUUUUUUAUAAAAUGGUAUGUGCUUGUAAUAUUUACUCACAUUUACAUUCAUCUACCUUAAAAUGUAAUGAUUUUUGUUUUGAUAAUUGUUUGACCUAUAUAUAUUGUUCAAGUAUUUUACCUUUUUAAUAAAACAGACAGAUGUACAGUG